AUGUCUCGCAACAACAAGGAUAUAUUUACGCUGUUUGACAAGAAGGGCGAAGGCGCAAUUGGGAGCCCGUUGGUGGGGGACUACCUGCGUGCCAUUGGGUUCAACCCAACGAAUCAGCAAGUGACGGAGCUUGUUGGGUCCAAGGGGACGUUCACCUUUGAGGAGUUGAACGGGUUGGUCUCUGGGAACCAGGAAUUGCUGGACGCUACUACGAGGGGCAAACCGGACGAUUUCAUCAAGGCGUUCCAAGUGUUUGACAAGGCGAACACUGGGAAGGUCUCUGUGGGGGAUCUUAGAUAUAUGCUGACCGGGCUGGGCGAGAAGCUAUCCGAUAACGAGGUGGAUGAAUUGCUGAAGGGCGUGGAGGUCGACUCUGAAGGUGGCAUCGACUACAGAAGGUUCAUCGAGGACAUUUUGAGGCAGUGA